GAAUUCAAAUCGCGGAUUCACUUCCGGUUUUGUCCAUGUAGGUAUUCGUGCAUUCUGUCGUUAAAAGAUAUUGUUCGAAUUCAUUCCAACCAUUUAUAUCAAAAUCGUUAUUUGUUCGUAUUUAAAAGACCAAGGAAACCUCUGGACUAUCACUUUCAAUACACAGUUGUCGAUAUCAUCAAGACAAUUCGUCAGUGGAACGAGAGUAGAUAAAAAUAUGUUGUGAUUUGAAAGCUAUAUUUUAUUUUGCUUGGAUCAAAUGUCGAUGCUGGACAGUGUAACAGCUUGCGUGUAAAAACGGUUAUACUCAUCUUAAAUUCAUGACUAUAAGUUAAUAUAAACACAACAAGUCUAUUCCAAAUUCCACCUUACUGCUACGAACCUGCCAAUGCACAUGUUACAGCGUCUUCGAAUUUGACCCAAAAUGGCGUUGUCUCCACAAACGCCCGAAACAUGGGAUUCUUUCUCGUUGCCAAGUGUGUUCAGCUCAUCUCACUCAGUCCCUCAACCUGUAUCACUGGCGAAAUCUGGUGAAAGCAGAAAUUUGAGAAGGAAAAUUGUAAAGAGUACAGAGCAGUUUUUUGGACUUUGUGAAGAUGAAGAAGAGCAGAGCCAACUUGAAAGAAAAUGGACACAAAGAAAAAUAAGGCACUAUGGCAAACGAUAUGGAGGAUUUGCUGAUGUGGUACAAGAUGCAGUUGAUGCUGCUAAGAAAAAAAAUGUCCGUCUUCCCAGUGAAUCAAGUUUGCAUAGUACAGCAAGCUCCAUGUAUGACCCUACACUUGUACGCACCAAAAGCAGAAGACAGUCAGUUGCCAAGAUGGCUUGGAAAGGGUUGAAAAUGAAAGCCAAAGCUGGUACUUUGGUUUCUGAAGUAUCCAAGGUUCCACCUGUAUCUUGUGUUCAUGAAGAAGGCAGGAGUUUCUGUCCAGCUAUGUUUGCAGAGGAAGAACUAGAAGAGGGCGAUCAAGUUGACAGUCCAUUUGCUGAGCCAAUGGCUUCAAGUAAAGUAGAUGAUGAAGUUUUCUUUGACUUUAUAUCAGAAAGAGCCAAAUUAGCAAAAAAAGAAAUUUCCUUGCCUCCUAUACCUGAAGACAAAGAUGUUGGUGUUGAAGAAGAAGAAGAAAAAGAACCUAUCGAUGAGGAAAUGCAGCCACUGACACCUCAUGAUGAAACUGAUCGUGCUCCCCAGCAAUGGCUGGGUCCCAAGGCAGCUGGACCACAGGUUAGCAUACGAGGUAAGAGAAUGGCUAAAACACCUCCAGCAGUUAAUGCUAAUCGGCGAGAGUAUGGUAAAGGUUUAGUUGGGAGAUGGUUAAACAGAAGCGUUUCAAAAAAGCGACUUCCAAGUACUGUAAGAAAACAGCUUGAGAGUCUCAGUGAUCACAGGCCAUUCUUCACAUACUGGGUGUCCUUUGUCCAAGUAGUAGUACUUAUUGUGACACUGUCUGUUUAUAACUUUGCUCCAAUUGGAUUCACCAAAACAGAAAGAGCUAAAAUAGUUCGCAAAAGUCGACAAGGAACUCUAGUCCCUGAAUACUUGAAAACGUAUGACCAAGACAAUUUCUGGAUUGGUCCAAAUCAGGAAGCAUUAAUUCAUCUUGGAGCAAAGUUUGCACCAUGUAUGAGAAACGACAAACUUCUUGUGCGUGCUCUUGAACGGGAGAGAGAGGAAGAAUCAAAAACCGGUUGUUGUAUCAAGACUGACAAUAGUGGUUGCAUACAAACCUCCAGGCUUGAUUGCAAGCGAGCCUUCACAAAUUUCAUAAUGUACUCCAAAAACAACUUAUCACGAGCUGUAUGUGGGCAGGAUCCCCAGUUGUGUCAAGAUCCUCCAUCUGUUAAGCCAUAUGAGUGGAGUGAUGUCAUUACUGAUUGGCCUAUCUGCAAGAGGACAAGAACAAACGUUAGUGCAGUAGAUUUUCCUCAAAUGACGUGCGAAGUAACAGCUCGGCCAUGUUGUAUCAAGACACAAGCAAGAUGUCAGAUUCUUAGCAGGGACGAAUGUAACUUUAUGAAAGGUUAUUUCCAUGAGAAUGCAACUCUAUGUUCACAGGUUGAUUGCCUCGGUAACAUAUGUGGCAUGAUUCCAUUUUUGAAGAAAAACGUCGCUGAUCAGAUCUACCGUCUUUGGAUGGCAAUCUUCCUACACGCUGGUCUUAUUCAUCUGGCGUGUACACUGGUGUUUAACUUCACGAUCUUACGCGAUCUUGAGAAGCUUUGUGGAUGGAUUCGUAUCGGUAUUGUUUAUGUGUUCAGUGGGAUUGGUGGAUAUCUUGUUAGCGCGAUUCUUAUCCCCUAUCAAGUAGAGGUUGGUCCUUCUGGUUCAAUGUUUGGUAUAAUUGCAUGCUUGUUUGUGGAACUCAUUCAAAGCUGGCAGAUGGUGAAUCAUCCUAUUAUUGCUUUGUUCAAACUCUGUGGUGUAGUGUUUCUUCUGCUGCUUGUCGGGCUUUUGCCUUACGUCGAUAACUUCGCUCACAUGGCUGGAUUCAUGUUUGGUUUCUUUCUCGCAUUUAUUUUCAUUCCAUAUGUGACAUUUGGUACAUGGGACAAACGAAGGAAACGCAUCCAAAUCCUUGUAGCCUUUGCUGUCCUCAUCAUCCUGUUUGUUGUGCUUUUUAUCAUAUUUUUAGACACUCAGACGGCAACUUGUGUUGGAUGUGCAUAUUUAAACUGUGUUCCAUUCACAGUUGAUUUCUGUGAACCAUAUCAUCUAGGUCAGAAGCUGCAGCCUCGAUAGAUGAUUGAAUAUAUUUGAUAAGAGAAGAGACAGUUUUGGCGGCAUCCAUUCGUCACGUCCACACUUUAACUGCCGUGUCGCCGGUUCGUGGGCCUUAAAGAAAGUCAAUAUGCGUUUUGCGAAUUUUGUCCUUGAUAAUAUUGCACAAUGUUUCGAAGAGAAUACAAUGUUGUUUUAGACAAUAAGCACGUCUUGUCUAGUGGAAUAGUAAGUUUUUUUUGAGUUACUAAGCCAUACACAUGUAGAGAGGUCAAGCAAAGACCGUCACCAUUAUCUGUAGAAUGACUCUAAAGUCCCGCUCAAACGAGAUGACACAGCAUUGUUGGACAAGCACCAUCUGAUAUGAUUAAUGCUCCCAUUCAAUAACUUUCAACACAAAAUGGCCAGACGGUUAAAGGGUUUUGGGAUAUCUCGUUUGUCCCGUGGCUUGAGUCAGCACUUUAAUUUCAUUUAUAAAAAAGAUACAACGAGAAGUAAAUAGUUUUUAUGUUUAUUGUGUGUGUUUCAUACGAGUCGCGAUAACCUAUCCAGUUUCUUUUUAGAAUAAACUUCCUCUUGGAAAAUGC